AUGACUUGGGGAUUUGUUACAUGUGGUCCAAAUGAGGCACUCGUAGUAUCAGGAUGUUGCCAUUCAAAACCAUUACUCGUACCUGGAGGGCGGGCAUUUGUAUGGCCUGCGGUACAACGCGUUCAACGAAUAUCACUUAACACUAUGACCUUGCAAGUUGAGUCGCCAACAGUUUAUACCAGCCAAGGAGUGCCUAUUUCCGUCACCGGUAUUGCACAGGUGAAAAUUCAAGGUCAGAAUGCUGAAAUGUUGUUAUCGGCAUGUGAACAAUUCCUGGGUAAAUCUGAACAAGAAAUCCAGCACAUUGCUCUUGUUACCUUGGAAGGGCAUCAGCGUGCUAUAAUGGGUUCUAUGACUGUGGAAGAGAUUUAUAAGGAUAGAAAAAUUUUCUCAAAGAAGGUAUUUGAAGUGGCUUCCAGUGAUUUGAUAAACAUGGGCAUCACCGUCGUGUCAUACACUCUAAAGGAUAUAAGAGACGAAGAGGGCUAUUUGAAAGCAUUGGGUAUGGCUCGUACGGCUGAAGUUAAGCGAGAUGCUCGUAUAGGAGAGGCAGAGGCACACGCCGAGGCGCGCAUUAAAGAAGCCAUGGCCGAGGAACAACGUAUGGCAGCAAAGUUCCUCAACGACACCGAGAUAGCUAAAGCUCAAAGGGAUUUCGAACUUAAAAAAGCAACAUAUGAUGUUGAGGUGCAAACUAAGAAGGCUGAAGCAGAGAUGGCGUACGAGUUACAAGCAGCAAAGACCAAACAGCGCAUAAAAGAGGAACAAAUGCAAAUUGCCGUUGUCGAGCGUUCACAGGAAAUUAACGUGCAGAAAUGGGAGGUGCAGAGACGAGAGAAAGAAUUGGAGGCGACCAUACGCAGACCGGCGGAGGCAGAAAAGUUUAAACUGGAAAAAUUGGCUGAAGCGCACCGUCUCAAGACUGUUUUAGAAGCAGAGGCCGAGGCUGAAGCUGUUAAAGUUCGUGGGGAGGCUGAAGCAUAUGCAAUCAAAGCAAAGGCUGCAGCCGAUGCAGAGCAAAUGGCCAAGAAGGCGGAUGCUUGGAAGGAGUAUGGUUCAGCAGCUAUGGUGGACAUGAUGUUGGAGACAUUACCUAAGGUCGCUGCCGAGGUGGCGGCGCCACUGUCGCAGGCACGGAAGGUCACGAUGGUGUCAUGCGGCGGCGGCGACGUGGGCGCUGCUAAACUAACUGGAGAGGUCCUGAGCAUCGUGCAAUGUAUCCCCGAGCUCGUCAAAGGCGUCACCGGAGUCGAUAUCUCGAAGGCCAAGGGUCUUCGCGCCGUUUAGAGCCGCAAUCUACGUAGAGGUAAAGCGUGUUUUCUAACCCGAUAUUAAAAAACAUAUUUACUAUUCAGAUAUAUCUGCCAAAUAUUUACAAUAUUCGUACGUUUGUCACUCGUAACAUAUUGGCACACGAAUAUCCUAGGCGAGACAAAUGUCACGGCACUAGUAACGAUCCCUCCUUCAUUUUUGUAUUGACGAUACGAUAAUAAUAGAUACCGGCGUAGAGUAUGAUAAAUCGGAGCGGUAAACUACGACCAAUCGCUUGAUACUAUUUCAAUAGUUUACGAAUAACUAUUAUACUUAUGAAAUUGAUACAUAUAUUUUUUUAUUUAGCUAAUCAUUCGUAAGGGUAAAUGAAAAUAUUUGGUGUUCAUAAAAGUGCAGUUUGGAAAUUCUAAAUAUUAAAGUUUUAGUAGGUGAAAUUGGUGUCUUUAUAUUGUUUAGAAUUAGUGGAUCUUUAGUGCGAGUGUUGCUACCCAAAUGUCGCCGUUGUAAACGAUUCGAUUUCAACUAGUCAAUUUAAUGGUGUAUUUUUGUAUUAUAGAUACAGUGUUACCGUAUUUAUUAAGCCAAGCUAACCUAUUUUAAAAAAUAUUAUAAAAUAA